AAAACAUCAGAGAACUGACCGCCACCGUUACAGAGCAGAAAGGAAACAUCAGAGAACUGACCGCCACCGUUACAGAGCAGAAAGGAAACAUCAGAGAACUGACCGCCACCGUUACAGAGCAGAAAGCAAACAUCAGAGCUUUAGAGACGCAACAGAUGUUUAUCCUGAAAGAUCUGAAGAAGAAAAAUGAAGAAAUUUCAAAUCUUACUCUGAGUCAAGUGGAGUUGAGAAAGGAAAAUAGAGAGAGAGAAAUAGCUUUUUCAGCUUCAAUGAUGGAAUCUGGCGCUGGAAAUAUUGGUCCUUUUACCACUGACAUCACACUGACCUACAGGAACGUCUUCACAAACAUAGGGAACGCCUACAACCCAGUUACAGGUAUUUUCACAGCCCCACUGACAGGAGCGUACAUGUUCAGAAUCACUGUGUUUGGUCAUGGCGGAACUCCAGCAACUGCAGGCAUUUUUAAGAAUGGAAAGCAGAUGGUUACAGCAGAUGGUAAUCAGGUUCAGGGUGUGUUAAACUCCUCAAAUGGAGUUGUGUUGAUCCUGGAGGUUGGAGAUGUUGUCUAUGUGAGACUUUGGACUGGCAGUAGGACACAUGAUAGCCAGAAUAAUCACAACACUUUCAGUGGUUUCCUACUGUUUCCCUUAACAUAACAGGAGCUUUCCAGUAUGUGAUUCCAAUAAUUCUGAACCAUCAGUGUAUGAUUUAAGAUGAAAAUUACUUAAUAAAAGCAUGUAUAAUACAUUAUACUCAUAAGUUCUGAGCUGUCUAUACAGGUAAGUUUGUAUAGAAAGUUUCAGCACUGAGACAGACAGGAUCCCUGAAUAUCACAUGUGACUCAAAAGUGUUUUGUUAGAGUAGUAAAUUUAGAAAUGUUAAAUAAUACCUUUUUAAGUGUAUCUUGUGACUGAUCCUUGAUCUGUAUCUCUUCA